AUGUCGAGUCUGCUUCACACCUACGGGCCAACAUGCCUCCUAUAUGAUCCCGAGGACAAUCCAACAACGAAAUCAGACUUCAGCACAUCUACAGCUCCUCCAAAAGUCCGUGCACAAUUUUUCUACCUCUCGUCGUUCCCAAUAGAUGAUCCUUUAACUCCAUUACCUGCCGCUUCCGCAAGCUCCAGCAGCUCUCAAUCUAGCUUCCCUCCCCGUCCCUUUUCGGUAUUGGAUAAUAUUGCUCUGGAGGAAGCAUGGCACGGACUUAGAAAUGCAGUGGAGGAUCAAGACGCCGAUGACACUCGUAAAAGUGGUUCUGAAGAGGACAGAGCUAACAGAGCCUGGAGGCAGAAAGUUGACAGACUCAUCCUUGAGGCUUUAACAGCUGUUCGCGAAUAUAGGGAUGCUUCUCCAGAUCUAAAUGUGACCCCGAUUAACGAACGACAUGACACUUCUUCGAUAUUUGCUCUUGUUGAAAAACAUGCGGCGAUAUAUGGAAGUUCUGAGGGUGGUGAAACGGAAAAGAGGAGCCGGCAAAAGGAAAGUGCCUGGCGACAUGAUCUACGGCCUAUAAUUGUUGCGCUAUUCUGCGCUGCAGCUAACGAAAUCCCGAAUCAAGAGAAGGACACUUCUACAAAGGUUGCUGAUAAAUUUUCUCGACAAGUCUGUGAACAAGAAGAACCUGCUGGAGUGCCAAUCCCAAUUCGGAUGCCUGCGGAAUCAGCUGGCGAUGUAGAAGCAUCUAGUAAUUCGAUGGGACAGAUCCUUGAUCCUUACAAUAGUCCAAAAUCUUUGAAACGGCAUAGCCCUCCGGCAGACCGUAAAUCGAAGACUUCGAAACGGAUAAGCAUAUCAUCCCCUUGUGGUGAUGACGUUUUUGGGUCUUAUUCCUCACAGACAGGCAGGCCGAUCCCUUCAGCUGGGGUUCAUGGAGGCGAUACAAAUAUCACCGGAUCCCCAUUCAUCAGAGCUCCAGCGCGGAGCCCGCGAUCAGUUCCUUCACCAAGGUCGCCCGCUACCCCGAGUAGAGCGUCGCAUCCACUUGGUGGGAUGGUGACGGUUGACCAAGGAAGCGAUGUCCGUUCGGCCAAGUCCAGGGUCCAUUCAGCUGGCAGCCCCUCAAAGUUUACAGUACAGCGCCUCUCUCCAUCGGAACUAGAAGUGACCCCAGUACAAAGAAAAAAGGAACCAGAUGCUGUUAUACCGGUUGGAAUAUCCAGGUUACAUUCAGUGGAACUUCCCAACUUGGAGAUGAAACCCAUAUAUUGGAGCCCUAUUCAUGAUAUAUCUUCCGUUAUUCGAGCCACUUGGUUUUAUAAGAACACCAUGUUACCCGUUGAACCGGAGCUUGCUAACCAACUCGAAGCCGGCUAUAUGUAUAUGCAGCCUUGGACCGAAACCUGGCAGGAUGAACUUAACAGUUGUAUAGAAAACGGAGCGGAGGCAGAGAUCAAAAUUGUGCAUCCAAUCUGGCCUCCAGAAGAAGAGGUAAAAGAGCAAAGUGCCAUGGAGUCCGGGCAUGAGUCGAAGCCAUCCAAACGAUUGUCGCUCUCGAAGCCGACUGAGGCCGAGGCGGGGUCGAUUGUUUAUGAGAAUCAAGCUGCAGGAUCUAUGACAUUACCUGAUGCUCCUAGACCAUUCAAGAAUUCAAGUGUGAUAUAUGUCGAUUCCAAAGAGGCGCAAAUUCUGAGGCCUAACCUUUUACCUUCUGCUGCAAGGGGACGACGACCGCUUAGCGCAAUUCGCAAAGGAAGGCAAAUAGGAAUUCCCGUUGUUCGAGGAUUCAAUGCACAGACCUGGGAUAAACUCCACCCUGUUAAAAUUCCUGCGUCCAGCGGCAGAAGAAUUGUGAAAAUGCAUCAAACUGCUGAAAGAGAUAUGUUUGACCGGCGCCCUAUAUGCUACGCCUGCCAAAUUGAGGAUAGGAGACCAGUUGCUUCUGAUCUGGUAUUGGUCAUACAUGGUAUCGGUCAAAAAUUAUCGGAGCGGGUUGAAAGUUACCAUUUUACGCAUGCUAUUAAUGCUUUCCGGAGACAAGUCAAUAUCGAGCUCAAUAGUGACGCUGUUUGGCCUCAUAUGCGCCCAGAACUGGAAAGCAUUAUGGUUUUACCUGUCAACUGGCGGUCAACGCUGUCCCUAGAAGACGCUGACAUUGAAGCUUCGACCUCCGAGGACCUAGCUACGAACAAAUUCAGCCUCAAAGACAUCACGCCUGAAACUAUGCCGGCAAUAAGAAGUUUGAUCAGCGAUGUUUUGCUUGAUGUCCCCUAUUAUCUAUCUCACCAUAAACAGAAAAUGGUUCAAGCAGUGGUCAAAGAGGCAAAUCGAAUAUAUCGUCUCUGGUGUCAAAAUAAUCCGGGAUUUCGAAAAACUGGUAAAGUGCACUUAAUUGCUCACUCGCUGGGCAGUAUCAUGGCAAUGGAUAUUCUGAGUCAACAGCCAACCCAUGUAGGCCAUAUUGAUUUUGCGCAUACGGAAAUCAGCCAGACAAUAUUUGAAUUUGAUGCCAGCAACGUUUUUUUCUGCGGAAGCCCGGCAGGCUUCUUUUUGUUACUGAACAAAUCAAUCACCUACCGCCUCAACGCAGCUGUGGACAGCGAUCUAGCCAACUCUCUCAAACCAGCCUCAGUCCCAAGCUCGUCCACCUCACUCUUUCAAACCGUCACCAGCGUUUUCCGCUGGGGUUCCUUGAAAAGCCAGGAUCAGAGCUCCACAGACCUAUCCGCUCCUUCUGUUUCGCAACAAAACAAACGCCCCGCCGGUAUCGCGAAAUUACCUUCCAGCGUUGAGAUGGAAACGCACGACUUCUCGCGCGAGGAACUCGCGGAGAAGCGUAUGGCGCUCCUGAAUGAUAACGGGCAGAUUGAUUUUUACAUUAGCGGUGGCGGUGGCCCGUUGAGCAUCCAGUAUCUGAACAUGCUAAGUGCGCAUAGCAGUUAUUGGGUUUUGCAGGAUUUUGUGAGGUUUUUGGUGGUGGAAAUUGGUAGAAAGCGUGGGAGGGACGGGACGUUAUUGGCUUUGAGGGCGGAGAAAAAGAAAGGGUGGAAAAGGGCAAGGGCAUACUAA